AUGAAGUUCUCAGUUAUCACCCUCCUCGCUUGCGCUGCUAUUGCACAAGGAGCUGCUCUCCCACAAGCGGCAGCUACAACUUCAGCUGACGCCCCAAUUUCCACUGCUCCCAACAGUGUUGUUCCUGCUUCCACCGAAUCCCACUUCAGUGGACAAUUUGAUGCCUCGGGAUCAUUGGUCGCAAAGGUUGACGAUGAGCCCACCCAAGCACUUCAAAAGCGCAUUGCGCCAGUUGUAGUUGUAGCUGGAAUCGCCGCCAUCAAUGGUGUUGCCAUCUUGACCAAGAUCGCCGUUGAGAUUGGUAGCCAAACCAUUGCGAACCUUGGAAAAUGGAAUGAUGCCCGCGAGAAAUUCACUCAAACAACCACUGCCAACAUGUGGUCCAGAAACCCAGAUUACAACAAAUACCCCGCUGCCGUCUGCUACAACAAGGGAUAUUCCCUCAAAAACCCUGCUGGUAUCGUCGGAAAAGUCAGCGCUAAGCUUUCUCUUGGUCUUCUCAACACUGAUUACGACUGCAUGUACAUGACUGGAAACAACGCAUUCUAUACUCGAUCCGAGGGUGGAUACAUCAACCUUUCCUACACAUAUAAUUCCCGCUGCUCAUUCGACGGAAAGACUGGUGAUUUGACCUGCAAUUAG